UUGCCCGCGACCCCUUCUCUUCUCUCAUAUUCACAAUCACAUCUCCAGCGAGAAACAAUAAUAAGAAUUAAAGAAAACAAGAAAGAAAGAAAACACAAAUUCUGAUAUUCUGCAUCUUAAAAUCGUUGAAUAAGUACAAGAAAUACUUUCCAAAUGGUGAAGCUAGCGUCGGCAAGAGAGAGCAGAAUGUACGGACCAAGGCUUGGUCGAAACAGAGCAGAGUAUAUAAACUCAGGGCUUUAUGUGUUCGCUACGAUUGUGCUUAUAAGUGGUUUUGCAGCCGAAUUCUCAAUGGAGCCUAGAUCAGGUUUGGUUCUUUUGUUUAUAGCGUGUGCGCUUAUAAUGGUCGUCAAUCUCCACGAUCUCAUUGCGCAUCUCGCUGGAAUCGAUUACCGGUUACAUUUGAUGGAGUUUGAUAUGCAGCUGGCACUUGUAGAAUUUGCGGUUCCUUUGGUCCAAGCCUUGGGUGCUGUUCUUUUGUUCUUGGGGUUCUUUUUUCUAUUUCUUCAGGAAGAGAAAGGAUACGGUUACUUCAAACUUGAAAAGCACGCCCUUAACAUGCUUAUCGCUGGCCCAGUUCUAUGGGUUCUUGGUUCAAUCCACAAUUCUUGCCAAAUUUACGAGAAAGCUGAUGGUCAUGUUCAAAUCUUGCAAGGGAGUGUCCAAAUCCCAUUUUUGAUGGGGAGUUUAUUGCUCUUGGUUGGUUCCAUACUCAAUCUCCAAGAGCAAGCCGGCUCAAUCCAUCAUGGCCUACGACUUUUGGGGAAAACAAUGGUGUGGAUGGGGAUCUUCGGAAGUCUAUUGUUGUUUGUUGGGGGAUUAACAAAUGUAGUAAAAGUGUUCAAAAUGCAACAGAUUGAUGGACUGCGCUUGGAGAAACUGCGAGGAGGGGCUCACGAACGUUUAAGACAUCAUAGGGAAGGUCAUCUUCCGCUUAUUGCAGAAGAACAGAGGAGCAGGAAAAGGGUAAUUGAAGAAACAAAAGCUGUACCUGUACCUGCUCCUACUCCUUACAAGGAUGUGCUUCUUGGUCGGACUUAAUUAUCAGAUUGCUUCUGUUAAUUACCUGUUACGAGUAUAUAAUCUCUGGUCGUCUGGUCGCUCUCGCCAUUAAUUAGCCAUCUCCGAUGUGUCAUAUGAUUGAUAUUUGAUAGUAUUAUUGUUGUUUAUA